AUGGCGGAGAUAAAGAAGGAUGGCAAUCUUCAGGUCAAGGAGGAUGGAUUGAGAGCUUGGAUUUGGUCAAAGCGAUAUGUCGUUUUACGUGAGCAGACAAUCACAUUUCAUCGCAACGAACAAACGGGCCAAUGCGUAGCACUCGUAUUUCUAAAGGAAAUCACAGCCGUAGCACGUUCGGAACUAAAAUCACAUUGCUUUGAGUUGGGCACCAAGGCAAAGUCAUAUUAUAUCGCAUGUCGUAACGAUGAAGAGCUGUAUUCAUGGAUGGAUGAGAUAUACAAUAGGUCACCGUUGGGCGCAUCAGGCCCCACUAAUUUUGUUCACAAGGUCCAUGUGGGAUUUGAUCCUAUCACUGGUGCUUUCACAGGCUUGCCUGAUCAAUGGAAUGCAUUAUUGAAGGGCUCAAAAAUCACACCCGAGGAUGCCGCAAAGAACCCGCAAGCUGUAUUGGAAGCACUUGAAUUCUACACUGAGCAAACUCGCAGAGACAAAAGCGCAUAUGAGAGAAGUGACAACAAUACAAGCAGCAAUGGGUAUAGGAAGAAUCACAACUGGGAACAAGAAAAGAAAAUGUCAAAUCCCAAGCCCAGUCGAUCCACACCAGCACCCCGACACAUUCGUGAGGCUCCAGCUAGACCCACCCAUAAACCAGCUGCUGCUGCUGUUGCUGCUACCAGCAACUCUCAACAACAACAACAACAACAACAACACCACCACGAAAAAGAGCCGGUCCUACCCAAAGUCGAUAUGAAUCAUAUCAAAGCCAUGGAUAAAGAUGUCUUGAUGAUGAUGGAAAAGCUAAAGUUACAGCAACAGAGCAUGAAGGAGAAGCAAACGUUUGUAGAAGAGUUAGCCAAGAGCAAUCAUGAGAGCAAGUCUUUCAAAUCAGCAACACUAGCGCCCUUUAGCAGCACGACACCAGCAUCGCCUACGCCUACGACACUCAGUGGCUCACUGCCUCGCAAAAACACAUCCAAUACGACCAAGCGUCAUCCAGAAACUAGUAAUGGUGGCACACGGAGUGCAGCCCCGUCUGAUCGUAGCACACGAUUUGAAAGGGAAAAAGAGAAGCUCAAGGAGGCAGCUGCUGCAUUGGAUCGUGAUAAAAACCUCAUGAAGCGAACACGCGACAUAGAGAUGUCGGUAACCGCCCAAAAGGACAAGCUACUUCUUUCUCCAGCAACACAGACACUGCCAUCUAAUAACAAGACCACAAGACGAUCAUCCAUUAUACCCAAUCCCCAACCGCAAAUAUCUACGCCUGUGCCUUCUUCCAAUAAUGCAACCACUACGCCAUCUCCCUCCACUAAUACCACCACAGAUAAAAAGGCCGCAGAUAUAGCAACAAACAAAAAACAAGAUCAGAGAAUCAGCACCAUGAGUGAUCACCAGAUCAUGGAGCGGUUGAGGUCGGUUGUUACUAGUGGAGACCCCAAUUUGAUCUAUAAGCGCACCAAGCGAAUCGGACAAGGCGCAUCAGGCUCUGUGUACCUAGCAGACCACAAAACGACCAAUGCAAAAGUAGCCGUCAAGCAGAUGGAUCUAUCCAAACAAUCUCGACUGGAUUUGAUUGUCAAUGAGAUUAUGAUCAUGAAGGAAUCUCAUCACGGUAACAUUGUCAAUUUCCUUGAUUCCUUUCUGGUGCGUGGUGAUUUAUGGGUUGUGAUGGAGUACAUGGAAGGAGGUGCAUUGACAGACGUAAUUGAACAUAACACAAUGACAGAGCAACAAAUAGCGACAGUCUGUUAUGAGACGGCAAAGGGGUUGGAUCACUUGCACUCUCAAAAUAUCAUUCAUCGAGACAUUAAAUCUGAUAACGUCUUGCUGAACUUUGCUGGUCAAGUCAAGAUUAGUGAUUUUGGAUAUUGCGCUAAACUUACAGAUCAACGAAACAAGCGAGCUACCAUGGUGGGCACGCCUUACUGGAUGGCGCCUGAAAUUGUCAAGCAAAAGGAAUACGGUGCAAAAGUCGAUAUUUGGUCAUUAGGUAUCAUGGCCAUUGAGAUGAUUGAGAAUGAGCCGCCUUACCUCGACGAGGAGCCACUGAAGGCACUGUACCUGAUUGCCACCAAUGGCACGCCUUCUCUCAAGAAUCCUGACAAACUAUCCAAAGAACUGAAAAGCUAUCUUGCAGUGUGUCUAUGUGUAGAUGUGAAAUCUCGAGCCACGGCUGCCGAACUAUUAGAACACGAUUUCAUUAAAAAAGCGGGCCCAAUUGACGUCUUACUACCUUCACUCUUGAAAUUCAAAAAGAAAUAA